UAUACAUAUUUAGUUUCGUUUACCGCCACGCUUUCUUAUUGUAAAGGUCAACUCUAUUACUUCACGGACGUUUAGGUGUAAUGGCAGCGGUUCUGGUUAGCAGAGUUUGUGGACGAGUGAGUGGAGUUCAGCUGCUUGCAGCCUCUUCUCUGAAAUGCCCAGUUUCUCAAGUUAUUUUACCAACUGUAAGCAAUCUAGAGACUGGAGUCAAAGGCUAUGAUCAUAAAGGUGCAAUCAAGCCAUUUCAUAUCAGUGCAGUAAAAGAAACCUCAAAUGCACAUGCACACAGCCACACCAAAAUUUGGACUGGAGAGAGAGUGUUAGCAACUUGCUUGUUUGGAAUAGUACCUGCGUCAUUUGUGUUUCCUAGCCCAGUGAUGGAUUGUGCCCUAGCAUUUUCUUUAACAACACAUGUGCACUGGGGUAUGGAAUCCAUUUUCGUUGAUUACAUUCGACCAAACCUUUUUGGGUCUACCAUUCCAAAAAUAGCAGUGGCAAGUGUUUAUGGUCUGUCAAUGUUGACACUUGGUGGGCUCUUUUACUUUAACUACAGUGAUGUUGGGCUUGUACAGGCAAUAAAGAUGUUUUGGAAAUUGUGAAGAAAGAUUUUGUUGUAUUAGAUUACUAGAAACCAGUAUGUGUUCUGUUUCAUUAACCUACAGCUUGUGAAAGUAAGAUUUGUAAAAACAAAAAAUUUGCUAUGAAUUUAAGCUUUCAAUUUAUAUAUUAAAAAAGCUAGGAAAAUGACAUGGUUUUGGUUUGUGUACUUGACAUUGUAGGUGAUAAAAAUGGCCUAAUGUGAUUCUUUAAAGAGAAUAUUAAAUUAUAAUUUUCAGUAAUGUUAAUUGUUCACAUACUUUAAAAUUAUGGAAAUUUCCUUAUUUAUUUAAUAAGUUAACUUUACAAGGUAGUUGGAAACUAGAACCUGGUGGACCUUUGGCAUUUUUAAAUGAAUGCAUUCAUUUAGUGACAUAAUAAAUGUUUAUAAAAUUCUCUGUUGGUAAAGUUAUUAGUUAAAAAAAAUUACUGAAGUUCAUUUUUUUAUUUCUUAAUAAUCGUAUCAUUCUUUUUUCAUAAAAUAACACUGUAUUAAAUUAUAAAAGGAAUUAAGAUGGGUUUUGUAAUGUUAGAUGUUGCUGUUUUUAUAUUAUUUUGAAUCUAUAGAUAUUUCAGUUUUUAACAUUUAAGCUGUUAUCCUUGUGCUAAUUUUGUGAAACACUGUUUUUGUUUGAUCUUUCAACAUGUAAUCAGGGAACUGUACAUAAAACAGUUAUUUUGCCUAAAAAAGUAUUAGUAUACAUGUUCUAAAAUCCAUAAUAAAAUCAAUUGUUGAAUCAUUGCUGCAUUAUCCUUAGCAAAUUACUACCUUAAUAAACAGGUUCACAUAACCAGAAUUUAUAUAGUGCUUAAUUUUUUUUUGACGAUGAUUUUUGUUUUUUUGUAUGCUAGUGGUGGAUAAAUAAAAUAGAGCAUUCAA